AUGGCGGCGCCCAGGCGCUGAGGGGGAGGCGGCGGAGCAGCCGCGGCCAUGAGCGCCGUCCGCCCGCCCCGGGCGCUCGCAGGACUGUUGGUGUGGCGUCUGAAGGGCGCUGGCACACGGCACAUCCCGUGCCCCUUCCUGCACCUCUGCCGGGCAGCCAACGACAGGUUGAUUACAUUUCAGUACUUUAACUUUCUCAAACGAAUGUAUGUAACUCAGCACAACAGAGACCUCAGCCAACGAGCCAAACCCAAGUCGGACCCGGUUGUGUCUCCUUUCCACGAGCUUCAGCAGCUGGAUCGGGAAAAAAAGGUUAUCCACAGGAUUAGCCCCCUUUCACCUGCUCAUCAGCCUUGGCCUGAGGCAUCAGGGAGAAAUGAGCUGAGAGAAGUGAAGUCACCUGCAGAAACUGAGGCCACAGCAGCGAGAGCAGAGCCCAGAGAGGACAGACAGUGGAAGGAGAUGAAGCUGCGGCUGGAUGAGCUGCCAGGAAUUUUGGCACGCUUGUCCAAAAUCAAGCUCACAGCUCUGGUCGUCAGCACCGCGUCCGCCGGCUUUGCCAUGGCCCCGGUCCCUUUUGACCUGCCCUGUUUCCUGCUGGCCUCCCUUGGAACUGGCCUGGCAUCCUGUGCUGCCAACUCCAUCAACCAGUUCUUUGAGGUCCCGUUUGACUCAAACAUGAACAGGACAAAGAACAGGCCGCUGGUGCGAGGACAGAUCAGCCCCCUGCUCGCCGUCUGCUUCGCCGCCUCCUGCGGAGUCCCAGGCAUUGCCCUGCUGACUCUGGGAGUGAACCCUCUCACCGGGGCCCUGGGAGCCUUCAACAUCUUCCUCUACACGUGCUGUUACACCCCCAUGAAGAGGAUGAGCAUUGCCAACACGUGGGUGGGAGCUGUGGUCGGGGCCAUUCCCCCCGUCAUGGGCUGGACCGCGGCUACCGGGAGUCUGGAUGCUGGUGCUUUGCUGUUAGGAGGGAUCCUUUACUCCUGGCAGUUCCCUCACUUCAACGCCCUGAGCUGGGGCCUGCGGGAGGAUUACUCCAGAGGAGGAUACUGUAUGAUGUCUGUCACCCACCCGGGGCUCUGCAGGAGGGUGGCUCUGCGACACUGCUUGGCCUUAAUCGGACUCUCGGCGGCAGCUCCUGUCCUCGACAUCACCACGUGGACUUUCCCCAUCAUUUCACUCCCCAUCAACCUCUACAUCUCCUACCUCGGCUUUCGGUUCUACAGGGAUGCAGAUCGCAGCAGCUCCAGGAAGCUCUUCUUCUGCAGCCUCUGGCACCUGCCCAUGCUGCUGCUGGUCAUGUUCACCUGCAAGAAAUCGGCCCUGGAGAAGGAAGACAAAGGCGACCUGCUGGGAAAGGGGGAAAGUCAUGGGAGGGCUAUGGAAAUUAGAUUGCCUUAAAUGUCGAUUGUAUGUUGUCCUCGUGACACAUCAGGUAGUUUAUUUUAGUAAUCACAGUGGGGAAUCCUGUGGGAAUCUGUUUGAGGAAGAAUCGUUCGUGCCUAGCGACCACUUCAUGCGAUGAUUUUCUAUUUUCUUUUGCGAGGGAGUAGCCAGGAGAGCUCAAAGCACUCAGGGGCCUCAGGCCCCUUCACUCAUCCCAGACUAGGAUUUUGCUUUGGGGUGGCCUUCUGAAGUCCCUGUGAGCCGUGGUCUCUGUCCUCGUGGGUGGUGGGGUAGUUCACGAGUCACAUGCGCACACGUUUCCCCGCCAGCACUGGCAGCCUUGGCGAAGCCGUCAGGGAGCAACCCUGGAAUGAUUUCUCACCCUGCUCCCCAAGCACCCUCUCCUUUAAUUUAAGCUUUGAGGCACACAGUGGGUUGGGGUUUUGUCUCAAUCCUUGCCAUCCCUGCACUGGUGUCACACCAAACCAAACUUUUGGGGGCUUUUUUCAGUCAGUUGCUUUUCCUGAGGUUCCCCUUCACCCCAGUAGAUUUUUGGCUUGCAUACAACUGGCACAGUGCUAAAGGAGAGAAGAAAACUGCCUUUCAGCACAGCACACACCAGCAUUUAAACACCCUCCAGGUGAAAGCUCUCCUGUAGCACAUCCCUUGGACACACUGAGCCAUUCUGCUGUACUUCCAUCACAGGGAACUUCUGGGUCCUACGUGGUUUUACAUCAUCAGAGCUUGAGCCCUGGGUGUCAGAUCUUCAGCUGGUAAAAAUCACCAUUAGUGUUUAUGGCAGUGAGGCUGUGAAAGGUGGAGGAGGUGGGAAGCAGAUCCCAGAGUCAGGUGGUUGUGAGGAUUUUCCAUGCUCAUGUGUCUUGUGCCAGCGCAUUCGGUCUCGGCGUCCUCUCAUGAGCCCUGGACUGGCAUCAAGAGUUUGAGCUCUAUUUAAUGUCACACUGUGGUGGCUCAGAGAAAGGCUUCACUUUGAGGGUAAUUAAUAGGUAAGGAAACACAUUUACAGAAAAAAGGUUGUGGAUUUAGCCUAAUACUGUAAUGUUCACUUGCUGCUGCAGCCUGUGUCCCUCCAAAGCAAUUACUGUGGAUGGUCUCCCGAGGAAAGUGCAUUAUCUCUGUUAUCUGAUACACUGAAGAACAUUUCUGGCCACAGUGCUUGUGAUCCUGCUGCAGGGCUGUGGCUCACCCUCAGCCUGCCUGAGGCUGGCUGUGACCUGCUGGGAUGCUCCCAGACACAGCAGCACCCAGGGCAGACAGAGACGGGGAUAGUUUAUUGUGGUAGUCAGUGCCUGUUACGACUUGAUGUGUUCCCAUGCCAAGAUUUCUUUCCCAUGUGGAAAGGGGCUGGGCAGCAGGUUGAGCAUCAAUCCAAAGAUACAGCAACACCUGAAAUGGGAGACACUGUCUCGAACCUGAUCCCGAGUAAAAUCCUUGAGGAAACGUCACAAAUCUGCCACCACAGGUGUCUCACACUGACACAGAACCUUCCCUGGCUGCUCUCGGGAUCCAGGCCUGACUCCUGGUCUGGGUUACGCUGGUGUAAAUCAGGAGUGACACGGUUUAGCCUCUGCUGUGCUGGCAGAGGUGCUCUCAGGAGCAGGGCCACCUGUUUUAUGUGGCUCUUAAAUAAUUGGCUGCGGGGUUUGGUGACUCUGGAGUGAUUGCAGAUGACAGGCUGGAGUCCCCUCUCACUGUCUGACAGGUCUGUUGUGCUCAGGUUACUGUGGGCAGCACUUCGUGGAACUGCCUGGAAACUGUGCAACUCCUGAAUUUGUUUUAAAAAUGCAUCCAGUCUUCUCUGCAAUAAAGUACAGACUGUACAAAAAGAGAUGAACACUCCAAA